AUUUUUUCAAGAAAAACUAUCAAACUUUUCUUGUGAUGGCCCUAGUAGUGCCGAAGAAUCUUUUGUUUGCGGUGAUUCUUAUUGUACUGCUGAGGAAUUUGUUUGCGAUAACCUUCAUGGUUUUAUUUACAGUAACUUUCACAUUGCCAAGAAGUCUUUUGUUCACA